AUGGAAAAACCUGAAAGGCUUCCCUUCAGAGGAAAGAGUGUCAAGGAUCCUGGCAAGGGUGUCGACCACCGAAAGAAGAAGGAACGACACUCCGCCAAAGUUGAAGAGGACGAAUUUCAGGAAGAACUUGAAGAGGAGACUGAAUUGUUUCGCGCUUGCGAUGACAAAACUAUCGAAAUGAACCGACUCAGGAAGUUCUCAAAAAACUUCAAAUUCGACAGACCCAGAUCUGAAGACCUAUCGCCCGUGCUUGCAAGGGACGGGACAAGACAGCUUGAAGCGACAUCAAAGGCAAGUGGCGAAAAUGGACAAAAAAACGAACAAAGAGAGCCAAAGGGCUCAUGA